AUGAGUCCCCAAGCUUCAUUCACUGACAAGCUCGCCCUCGGCGAAGCAAAGAGAGGAGAGAACAAGCGCAGAGUCAUUGUCACUGGUGGCAGUGGCAAGCUUGGUCGCUCAACAGUCAGAUACCUUGCUGAUGAGGGAUGGGAGGUCAUCUCAGUCGACACCCGUCGUCCUCCUGGUAUCAGCGAGGAUGGCAAGUCAGGUCUUGGUGGUGCAUACCGCCUUGUAGAGAUCGAUCUGGAGGACAUGGGAGCUGUGCUGGAGACAUUCCUCACAACCACCAACAGCUCCAGACAAUUCCGUACCAACACUAUGAGCACAUACAACGUCCUGGAGGCAUGCCGCAAGCUCAAGAUCAAGAACAUCGUCCUUGCAUCUUCGGAGACACUCAUUGGUAUCCCCUUCGACCCUCAUCAGCCCGAGUCGCUGCCCAUCACAGAAGAGCACGAGAGAAAGCCAGAGUCGGCAUACUCAUUGUCCAAGUUGGUUGGUGAGACAUUGGCCGAGCAAUACGCCAGAUGGGACCCCGAAGUCAAGAUCAUCUCGUUGAGAUUCAGCAACGUCAUGCUGCCAGAGGAGUACAAGACUUUCGAAUCAUGGCAAGACGACCCGAUGAAGCGUUACUGGAACUGCUGGGGAUACAUUGACGCAAGAGAUGGUGGCCAGGCUGUCUCCAAGUCGUUGGACAGCAAGACCAAGGGUCAUCAUCAAUACCUGAUCGCUGCUGCAGACACCUGCAUGAGACAAUCGAAUGACGAGCUUGUCAAGAAGGCCUUCCCUGGUGUCAAGUACAAUGCUACUUCGGGACCCAACGAUACUCUGCUCUCGAUCGAGAAAGCAAAGAAGGAGAUCGGUNNCAAGCCGGCGUACAAGUGGCAGGACCAGCCAGAUAUGGGUUGUAACAACAGGACUCUUUGCCGACGGAAAGAAUUAUCGAGUUGA